AUGAUUAAUUUCAAUUCUCUUGCAGCGAUGAGGAUCGAUUGCAAUGACAUCUGUGUAUAUCUUAGGAAAUUCUUCAUGUGCCGAGAUAGUGCUGAAAGGAAAACUUCACCGCCUGAAUUAUUCCAACAAUUAGCAUUGAAAAGACAAGCUUUGCUUGAAUCUAUUGCUGAGAAAAAAGAACAAGAGAAAGCCCUUCGUGAAAUUGAAAAGAAAAGGAAUGAAGUACAGUUAGCUCUUUGCGAAUUAGCGAGACUAGGCUAUGGUUUUGAAAAGAUACUCGUCGAAAGCAACAUAGACCAAGAAUUUCUCUCAAAUGUUUUCAAACAAGCUGGCCUUCCAACUGUAUUGACAAAAUCGAAUGUGUCUUUGAGCACCUCACCGAUUAUAGAAAAUCAAGGCACAAGUAAUGCAGUGGACUUUGCCAAUGAAAACCGAAAAGCUGUCAAAUUACCAUCGGAUGUCUUUCAAUCUCUUCGCGAAUCCGAAACCCCUUCAAAUUUGCGAGAAUCACCGGCGUGUUCUUCUAACAAUGGACGGCCUUUUUCUACAUGUGAAACGAGGCCAGAUUGGUUAAAGGACUUGGUUUUAGACUUAGUAUCUAGUGAAGAAGAAAGCGAUCAGUUUGAGGUAUUGGCUGAUGAUACACAGGAAGAACUUAAGUCCACAAUACACAGUAACAGUGCGGUUGACGAAAAGAUCGCAUCGACGCAGCCUACUCUCAAUGUCAAUGCGGAAAUAGGAAAAAUAAUGAUGAGACUGAAAGUCGAAAUAUCACGACUUAAGUUUCAAAUUGAAGCUUCUCAGCAGUUAGAAAUAUCGAGCUCGAUGAAGAAGAUCCUACUGGUAAAAAAAAAGCUAUCACCACCGACAUUGAAACUUUAUUCGGUCUGA